AUGUUCAGCAACAUUAAAACAGAGAGGAGACAGCAGAACCUGGCAAGGGUAUGCUAAAAAAGUAUUCUCUAUAAUUGUAAAUAAUUGGUUGCUCUACAGAAACAGAGAUGCCAAGUAAUACCAGGCUACAUGGUUGGAUAUUCUAACUAAUUGGCUCUUUAAAAAGGGUAAGGCAUUUUUUAAGGUCCUAAAAUUGGCCUUUUCUCCUCCAGAGUGAUUUCUGAGUGCCAGAGCUAAUUAGACCGUGGGUGAUUGUUUAGGAACCCAAAACACGCUAAGGCAAAAUAGCCAACGUGCAGGGAGAGAAGGAUGCCAAGGGAAGCUUGACUACGCUGUCCUAGCUAGGGAAGCUUGACUAUGCUGUCCUAGCUAAGGUGGCGAGAACAGGAGUAAAGGGGAAGCUUGACUAUGCUGUCCUAGCUAAGGUGGCGAGAAUAGGAGUAAAGGGGAAGCUUGACUAUGCUGUCCUAGCUAAGGUGGCGAGAACAGGAGUAAAGGGGAAGCUUGACUACGCUGUCCUAGCUAAGGUGGCGAGAACAGGAGUAAAGAAAGGAAGUGAUUUAUAACUACGUUCAGACGAUCCACUAUGGCCCUUUUGAGACAUGCAGUCCAAUGCUUUAACCUGUACAAGGUACUUACCAUUAGUUACGUAAAGAUGCUAACACUUUACUAUAGUCAUUCAAAUACUUUAAAAGAGUUUAACAUCUUAGCAUCAUGAACAAGACUUCAUAACAUGACAUUUGAAAAUGUUAAUAACAUCAUUAACAAGCUCUGUUGGAGUCCAAGGCUCAUCUUGGGUUUUUUGUUUGUAUCUUGAGGUAUAGUGUUUAUAGUGCUUGGCUGAAUGCAGUAACUAUUUAACGCUGUAGGCUUUAACUCUUCCCUGAUCCCUGACCUCUAACCUCAUCACACAGCAUGAGCCCAGCGCUCCCGUUUCCAUUGUUGACCUAAUUAUCUACGUUAUUAUUCACAGCUUGUUGUAAUUUUAUGGAGGAAGUUGUUAUCGAUUUCACCCCAUACAAAUUUUCCACACUAAGUUUCUCACAGACGCCUAAGGGUGUCAAUGUAUUUAAUCCCUCGCAUUGACAACAUGCGGGCAGAACUUCAGAAAUUGAUUCCCUUUCUUUUUUUAAACCCCCCCCCUCCCUCCUCGCUCCAAACCCUCAACCACCAAAUUGUCCUCUGUGUUCUGUGCUGAGUGAAGACCCUCUCACAUUAAUCGUCUAGAGCUCUUCUGAGUGCCUUGCAUCACCCAGUUGCAGCUGUGUGGGGAGUUCCAGAUUUUGCCGUGCGCUGACUGGCUGCUGUAACUUUGUCUGCGUCCAAAAUGGCAACCUAUUCCCUAUAUAGUGCACUACUUUUGUCCAGGGCCCGUAGGGUGCACUGCAUACUGUAGGGAGCAAUGUGCCAUUUUGGAUGCAAACUUUGAGCUGUGGAAACAUGGGGAGAGAGUGGGCUGGGCGGAUGUCCUAGUUGCCUCAUUUUCCCUGCUAACGGAGCAUGAUCCAACUGUCGUCAAUUUAUCAACGUAACGUGCGCUAGUGGGCACAGUUUGAGCCUCCAUUAGGACAGGUGCUGCCAUCCAUCAUGGCACAGUCACUUAUUCCACCUUGUCAGGAGAAACUAAAUAGGGCUUUAGAAGAAAUGUAAACAAGUCUCAGCAGACAAUCCGAGUGGUGCACCAUCUCCCCAGCUCUGGAACUCAGAGAAGGUAGAGAACGUAGAGAAGGUAGAGAAGGUAGAGAAGGUAGAGAAGGUAGAGAAGGUAGAGAAGGUAGAGAAGGUAGAGCAGGUAGAGAAGGUAGAGAAGGUAGAGAAGGUAGAGAAGGUAGAGAAAGGUAGAGAAGGUAGAGAAGUAGAGGUAGAGAAGGUAGAGAGGUAGAGAAGGUAGAGAAGGUAGAGAGGUAGAAGGUAGAGAAGGUAGAGAAGGUAGAGUAGAGAAGGUAGAGCAGGUAGAGAAGGUAGAGAAGGUAGAGAAGGUUGAGAAGGUAGAGAAGGUAGAGAAGGUAGAGAAGGUAGAGAAGGUAGAGAAGGUAGAGAAGGUAGAGAAGGUAGAGAAGGUAGAGAAGGUAGAGAAGGUAGAGAAGGUAGAGAAGUAGAGAAGUAGAGAAGGUAGAGAAGGUAGAGAAGGUAGAGAAGGUAGAGAAGGUAGAGAAGGUAGAGAAGGUAGAGGAGGUAGAGGAGGUAGAGAAGGUAGAGAGAGCUGUCUACCAUCUAGACACCUUUUCACCAGACAAUUGCAUUAUCCCACUCCACUGUCGUUCUCGCCUGCGUUCUGAACGAUGCAUCCUUGCAUUCUUUGCCUCUUUGCAUUUUUGGGAUUCAAGGAAAACGUUCAAAUCUGUUAGUGGACAGGGGUAAACUAAAAAGGGAAGCAUUGUUGAGUGGACAGUAGAAUGUACAGUACUUAAUCUAUACAGUAGAAUGCACAGUACUUAAUCUAUACAGUAGAAUGCACAGUACUUAAUCUAUACAGUAGAAUGCACAGUACUUAAUCUAUAGAGUAGCAUGUACAGUACUUAAUCUAUACAGUAGAAUGUACAGGACUUAAUCUAUACAGUAGAACGUACAGUACUUAAUCUAUACAGUAGAAUGUACAGUACUUAAUCUAUACAGUAGAAUGUACAGUGUGAUGAAUGGGUUAAUUCAUAUUGUUACUUGUGCACAUUCGCUAGAGCAUGAGGCGGUUGGGAACAUGGCUACUUAGCAUUUAUGUUAUUAAAUAUGGUUACACAUUGGAAAGAACCUACCGAUUUAAAAGUAUCUUGUAUUUAACUAUAACCAAGGCCAUUACAUACAGUACUUAAUCUAUACAGUAGAAUGUACAGUACUUAAUCUAUACAGUAGUAUAAUGAAUAAGUCUAAUGAAUAUCUUUACACCCAUUAGAAAUAGGUUUCACCAUUCAAGUCUUUUAUGAAGGUCUGUUUCACAAUGACUUGUGUAGUGCAAUUCCAUCAUUAUAAUCAAAGGUCAAAUAGGGGGUGCUUUAUAUUUGUCCUGUUUAAAUAGAUUUUAAUUGAACCAGAAAAAAAAAGAAAGAAAAAAAGUUGGAGAAUCACACAAGAUGUCAUUGAAUCCUAACAGGAUGGAUGGUGAGAUGGCAGCCAUCGCAAACAUAAAGACAGAGGAUGUGUCCCAAGGGACACCCUAUUCCCUGUAUAGUGCACUACUUUUGACCAGACGCCUGUGGGUAGUAGUACACUAGUAAUGCAUUUUGUAUACAUCUGGCCCUUCAUUGGACACUGUGUUAACAAACCUCCAAACGAGCUUCAAUGCCAUACAACAAUCCUUCAGUAGCCUUCAACUGCUCUUAAACACUAGUAAAACUAAAUGCAUGCUUUUCAAUCGAACGCUGCUAGCACCCGCCCACCCGACUAGAAUCACCACUCUCGACGGGUCUGACCUAGAGUAUGUGGACAACUACAAAUAUCUAGGUGUCUGGUUAGACUGUAAACUCAACUUCCAGACUCACAUAAAGAAUCUCCAAUCCAAAGUUAAAUCUAGAAUCGGCUUCCUAUUUCGCAACAAAGCCUCCUUCACUCAUGCUGCCAAACAUGCCCUCGUAAAACUGACUAUCCUACCGAUCCUUGACUUCGGCGAUGUCAUUUACAAAAUAGCCUCCAACACUCUACUCAGCAAAUUGGAUGUAGUCUAUCACAGUGCCAUCCGUUUUGUCUCCAAAGCCCCAUACACUACCCACCACUGUGACCUGUACGCUCUUGUUGGCUGGUCCUCACUACAUGUUCGUCGUCAAACCCACUGGCUCCAAGCCAUCUAUAAAUCACUGCUAGGCAAAUCCCCGCCUUAUCUUAGCUCAUUGGUCACCAUAGCAGCACCCACCCGUAGUCUGCGCUCCAGCAGGUAUAUCUCACUGGUCAUUCCCAAAGCCAACACCUCCUUUGGCCGCCAUUCCUUCCAGUUCUCUGCUGCCAAUGACUGGAACGGAUUGCAAAAAUCUCUGAAGCUGGAGACUCUUAUCUCCCUCAAUAACUUUAAGCAUCAGUUGUCAGAGCACCUUACCGAUCACUGCACCUGUACACAGCCCAUCUGAAAUUAGCACACCCAACUACCUCAUCCCUAUAUUGUUAUUUAUUUUGCUCUUUUGCACCCCAGUAUCUCUAUUUGCACAUCAUCUCUUGCACAUCUAGCAUUCCAGUGUUAAUACUAUUGUAAUUAUUCUGCACUAUAGCCUAUUUAUUGCCUUACCUCCAUAACUUGCUACAUUUGCACACACUGUAUAUAUAUUUUCUGUUGUAUUUCUGACUUUAUGUUUUUUUUUUUACCCCAUAUGUAACUCUGUGUUGUUGUUUUUAAUCGCACUACUUUGCUUUAUCUUGGCCAGGUCGCAGUUGUAAAUGAGAACCUGUUCUCAACUGGCUUACCUGGUUAAAUAAAGGUGAAAUAAAAUAAAAAAUUAAAAAAUAGGGUGCCAUUUGGGACACACACAGGGUUACUGAGAUAAAUUAAAUGUUUUUUUCUCUUCCUAUAUCAAUGAUAUAAAUUGAGGCUCUUUGAACAUGAGAAAUGCACGGCCAUUCCGCCUGCUAAUUUAGCAUAGCCCAGUACACUAACUGUGUUCAUUCAAACACCAACAGAGAGAGGGGGAAAGUCUUCUCUAGCGGCUAGGGGAGAACCCUGAGAUAAUGAUGAUCUGGACAUCAUCUCACAUACUCUGAGUCAGCGGCGAGUCUACACGCUCCAGUGUCACUGACUGCGCUAAUUAGUUGUUUUCAAGCUUUCAGGCCACAAAAGGAGGUGGAGAUUAUGUAGUCUUGCCAUGUGACACGCCAGAUUCAUUAUGAACCCUCUCCGUGCCUCCACCUUCCCUAAUCUCAUUCCUGUAUGCUCAUACAGGCCUCCAUUGGAAGUCUGACGCAUCAACUCUGCGUUACUUUGUCUCAUUAAUCGAUGCACAAUAAUGGUAGAUGAGGAUCGUGGAAAGUUGGGUCUGUUUGUGACAACCUGUCUGUCUUUAGAUUAAAAAGCACUGGCAAGGAAAACAGGGAUCAGUGCACAGAUUAACCAAAUGUUCCUCUCAUGCUGCCUCACUGGGCAUUAGCAACACAUUAUUAUCAAUGUGUUUUCAUUGAUGUAUUCAGCAUGGAUUAAUUGGCAACAGGUGCGGCAAAGAUUGCUAUUUGAGAGCUGGAUGUUUUUUGUUUUUUUUAAGCCACACACAUAAAGGCGUAAUGAAUUAAUGGGUUUGCCCCCAUUAAUAAUUUUCCUCCAGUAGGUGCUGUGCUCGGCCCGCCACAGCUGCAUAAACAGAGAUGUUGUCCCCCUGCUAAGGCUUUCAGAGAGCUUCAAAGAGCCGUCCUCUAUUUCAAUCCAUUUACACAGUGGAUCAGCCGUUAUCAGGACACCCGCAAUAACAGCACUCUGAAGUUAAUAAUCAAGUAACCAAGGGUAGGCAAAGAUCAAAAGAUCUUCCAUCUUGUGUCAUUAAUGAGGGUUUGUGCUAUAAUCCAUGAGCCACUUUUGUUAAAGAUAUGACCUAAGCAAUUGGCUUGGAUGGACAGACAGAAGACAGAAGAAGGGGACCUAGCACCGAGCCCUGGGGAGCACCGUAUGAGGCUGCGUGGCGAGGACCUCUAGAGAGAGCUAAUAGAGAUCUGAAUAGAUCCAGCAUUUACAUGUUUGAUCAGUCAACACAAACAGCAACUAUGGUUUUGAGCCUCAGUUGUGUUACAACAUGUAUGUUGUAUGUUGUAUGUUGUAUGCAUUGCGCUUGGAACCAUAAAGUCAUUAUGUUAUUGAAUUUGCCGACUGAAACUCUAAAGUGCUAAAUCUAUCUGGGAAAAAAAACAACAACAUAUUUUUGUCCCUCACAAAAAAAUUAAAACUUUAAAGAAUAAUAUCAACAUCUUGCUGUUAUCCGGAUCCAUUUCAUCUUCUCAUUUAGAUAAUGUGGUAUGAAGUGAACUCCAUUCAAUAUGAAAGUAAUUAUCUAUUCUAUUCAAACAAAGUGUUUUAAACCUUUGGUCAUGCUAAUCACAUGUCCUUUUAUUCACGAUGAAGAUUCUAGUUUGCUCUCUGUUUCCUUCCUUUCGUAUUUGAUGCUUAUUAUCUAAUUUUCCUUUCGAGGUCCUUGAUUACCCCACAGCCUGUCCUUGAUUACCCCUCAGUCUGCAAAUGGACAAUAAUUGCUGCCCAGCUGCUUACAAAGGUCUGUGGAGGAGAGAAAAAAUAAUCAUUUUCAUUGGUUGAUCAACAAAAAGGGUAAAUUAAUGUUGUUUGUCUUUGCUUCCUCUGGUUCUGUUCAUGAAACAGACAGCUCUCUGUAGAAUGACACACCUUGUACUUUCCCCAUUACAAGUCAAUCUCCUGUGCUUUAUUCUCAAACAUAAUAUGGACAACAAGCAGAAAAUUGAAUUAAAAAAGGGAGCGAGAGCUUUGAACACAGAUGCCUGGAGGAUUCUUGCCACUUUGAUGUAGAUCUUUCAGCCCGAUGAAAGACGAGUCCAUUUGGCCUGGGGCCGUGUUCAAAUUGACACACUUUAAUCAUACUCUCUCUCGCUCCCUACUAGGUGUGUGCAAAGUGAAGUCCCCCUCCACGCUUUAUAAUUUUCUAGCAUUAUCGUAUGAGACUACAUGUCUCCUAAGUUACUGCGACAAAACGGUGUGAAGUGAUUUCCCGCUCUAAAAAGCGGAUUUAAUUAUCACACCGACACACCCUCCCCUCCUCCCCCUCUGGAGAAGGUGAGGGUGGGUAAGGAGCCUGUGGAGAUAGGUGGUUGGUUGUGCCUGUGAGGCAGGGGGAGGUGGGGAGAAAGGGAUAAGGAGAAAAGCCGUAGCAGUUGUUGUUUUAAUACUAUAAUAAACCCUGAGAUGGCAGCAUCAGAUUGCCAUCAGCUGGAUGAAUCGGAAAGAUUAAUGACAGCCAUUUUGUUAUGAGAGAAGGGGGAGAUGAGGUGGGUGGGGAGGAGAGGGGGCCGGUGGGGAGGAGAGGGGGGCGUUGAGGUGGGGUGGGGAGGGUUAGAGGAGGUGCGUCUAUCCAGAACAGAUGAGAUUGACCUCACCUCAGAAAGUACUAUCUGUUUGGUAAAAUGUGGGUCAUGGUCCUUGUUUAGGUAAAACAAUAUGGUGGAUAUACAAUAUUAUAAGGGAGUGCUGUUGUCGAUCAACUGACUGUCCUCUGUUUUGAAUCAGUCAGAAAUAUCCAACACAUAUCAUGGAAUGGGGUGCUAAAAUGAGUGGAGGAGGUAUUGUCACAAUGAACCUUGGGGCACUAAGGAUUAUAUUAUUUUAUCUAUUUGUCAUUGUGCACCGACAUAUUGGGACGGCAGGUAGCUUAGUGGUUAAGAGCGUUGUGCCAGUAACCGAAAGGUCGCUGGUUCUAAUCCCCGAGCCGACUAGGUGAAAAAUCUGUCAAUGUGCCCUUGAGCAAGGCACUUAACCCUAAUUGCUCAUGUAAGUCGCUCUGGAUAAGAGCGUCUGCUAAAUGUCGUAAAUAUUUAUCAGCAUGGAUCAUUCUUUUACAAAUGGAAGAUAGGACAGUUAUGUAAAUAUGCACAAACACCUGCAGUAAAACACACGUUGCUUAAUCAUUUGCUUGAACGCUGACCUCCACGUAGGACUAUUUGUCAUGAACCUUUCUCACACAAUAGUGUGUCUUCAGACUGGCAGAUGUACGUAUGUAACGCACCGUAAGCCAUACAGUCCCAUCAUCCUUAUUACCAUGGUAACUCUGUCACCUAACCAGUGUGACCAGUAAUACAGGUUUUUUUUCUAUUAUUGUAUGGAGAUAGAGGGAAAUAGAAGACAAAUAGGAUUUUUUGGGGGAAACAUCCCUUUCUGAAUACAAAGGGCUGGCCCCCGCGCUAUCACAAAGAAAACAGCUUAGCAGUGGGGGCAUUUGUUUUCCAUUCAGAGGGAGAAGCACUUUGUCUUUCCAAUCGUUACCUGUUUGAGAAUCAGUUGCUCAUUUAAGGUUAGGCCUAAAGAGGGAGGUGCUGUCUGGGGCUAAAUUGCAAUUAGUGGACCUGCGAGUGAGGCCGAUACCAGUUAACUUGGGAUAUUGGAGUGCAAGAGCCCUAGUAAUCAGCCUUUGGUCAUGUAGAACAAUGCAUAAAAUUAAAUUGACAUUAAUGAAUAAUUGUGUAAUGAAAAUGGAAGAGGCGAGUUAAUUACAUGUUACGGUGAGUGUAAUGCCCAGAUAACCUUGUGUCUAAUGCUAUUCUUAGUCUGGCUGCCAAGCCUCUACUCUAUCCUCUCCUCUCCUGUCACAGAGCCCCCCCCCCCCCCUCUCUCUCCUCUACUCUCUCUUUUCACAGAAGUCUCUCUCUCUCUCUCUCCUCCCCUAUCACAGAAGUCUCUCUCUCUCUCUCUCCUCCCCUAUCACAGAAGCCUCUCUCUCUCUCUCUUUCUCCGCUCGGCGGGAAGUCAUUAGAGCCAGAGUAGAUAAUGCCGCGGUGAUGCCGGCCAAACCCAGAGUGGCUACAAUCUAGCAGAGACUUUCUUUCAGGUGCCUUUUUCUCCUGAGUGGGGCAUGUUGAAGUCAUUUGUACACAGCCUGAAUGGAAUUAAAGGUCACAAACGCUAAGUGGCAUGGAUGGGCUCUCCUCUCCUCUCCUGUCCUCUCCUCUCUUCUCCUCUCACACCCAGCCAGACCCACUUACCUAAAAGGGACUGUCAUGGGGACAUUCUACAGUGACUUACCUAAAGGGACUGUCAUGGGGACAUUCUACAGUGACUUACCUAAAGGGACUGUCAUGGGGACAUUCUACAGUGACUUACCUAAAGGGACUGUCAUGGGGACAUUCUACAGUGACUUACCUAAAGGGACUGUCAUGGGGACAUUCUACAGUGACUGUCAUGGGGACAUUCUACAGUGACUGUCAUGGGGACAUUCUACAGUGACUUACCUAAAGGGACCGUCAUGGGGACAUUCUACAGUGACUGUAGACUAAAUGGACAUUCAUGGGGGCAGAUCAACCCAACCAGGUUCACUCAGCUAGAGAACUGUCAUGAGGACUAAAGGGACUCUCAUGGGGACUGAAGGGACAUGGGGACUAACCCACAACAGUCUAAGCCCUGUUUAAGCCGGGGGAGGGGGGGGGGGGGGUCUACAAAACGAUAUGGAAUUGUUUUAAGAAGAUCAUACCAAGGAUAAUUUUGCUAUUUGAUUUUGAAUUUCAAGAACCCUUGAAGUAUCAAAAAAUAUAUUAAAAUGUUUUUUUAUGACAAAUGUUUUUGGGCCUUCGUGCUAUAACCCACACAAACACAUUGAAUACCGGUUCACUAAAUGGAACAGAUAGUCCCCCAAAAAAUCUAAAGGAAGUUUGUUCUGAAGUGUCUGUCCUAUAUCUGAGAGACACUGUAUAAGAAUGAUCAGGAAAUAUUUAUUCAUUUUACAUGUCUUUAACCACUUAUUUUUUGGCACUAACCAGUCUCUAUGUAUGCUUCCAUACAUUUUUUUCAACUGGUACCGGGGGACCUUCAGACAAGUCUUGUGAGGCCUGUGGUUAUCCUAGAGCAAAACAACAUGUACAGUGAGGGAAAAAAAGUAUUUGAUCCCCUGCUGAUUUUGUACGUUUGCCAACUGACAAAGAAAUUAUCAGUCUAUAAUUUUAAUGGUAGGUUUAUUUGAACAGAAUAGCAACAAAACAAUCCAGAGAAACGCAUGUACAAAAUGUUAUAAAUUGAUUUGCAUUUUAAUGAGGGAAAUAAGUAUUUGACCCCUCUGCAAAACAUGACUUAGUACUUGGUGGCAAAACCCUUGUUGGCAAUCACAGAGGUCAGACGUUUCUUGUAGUUGGCCACCAGGUUUGCACACAUCUCAGGAGGGAUGUUGUCCCACUCCUCUUUGCAGAUCUUCUCCAAGUCAUUAAGGUUUUGAGGCUGACGUUUGGCAACUCGAACCUUCAGCUCCCUCCACAGAUUUUCUAUGGGAUUAAGGUCUGGAGACUGGCUAGGCCACUCCAGGACCUUAAUGUGCUUCUUCUUGAGCCACUCCUUUGUUGCCUUGGCCGUGUGUUUUGGGUCAUUGUCAUGCUGGAAUACCCAUCCACAACCCAUUUUCAAUGCCCUGGCUGAGGGAAGGAGGUUCUCACCCAAGAUUUGACGGUACAUGGCCCCGUCCAUCGUCCCUUUGAUGCGAUGAAGUUGUCCUGUCCCCUUAGCAGAAAAACACCCCCAAAGCAUAAUGUUUCCACCUCCAUGUUUGACGGUGAGGAUGGUGUUCUUGGGAUCAUAGGCAGCAUUCCUCCUCCUCCAAACUCGGCGAGUUGAGUUGAUGCCAAAGAGCUCAAUUUUGGUCUCAUCUGACCACAACACUUUCACCCAGUUCUCCUCUGAAUCAUUAAGAUGUUCAUUGGCAAACUUCAGACAGGCCUUCAUAUGUGCUUUCUUGAGCAGGGGGACCUUGCGGGCGCUGCAGGAUUUCAGUCCUUCAUGGCGUAGUGUGUUACCAAUUGUUUUUUUGGUGACUAUGGUCCCAGCUGCCUUGAGAUCAUUGACAAGAUCCUCCCGUGUAGUUCUGGGCUGAUUCCUCACCGUUCUCAUGAUCAUUGCAACUCCACGAGGUGAGAUCUUGCAUGGAGCCUAAGGCCGAGGGAGAUUGACAGUUAUUUUGUGUUUCUUCCAUUUGCGAAUAAUCGCACCAACUGUUGUCACCUUCUCACCAAGCUGCUUGGCGAUGGUCUUGUAGCCCAUUCCAGCCUUGUGUAGGUCUACAAUCUUGUCCCUGACAUCCUUGGAGAGCUCUUUGGUCUUGGCCAUGGUGGAGAGUUUGGAAUCUGAUUGAUUGAUUGCUUCUGUGGACAGGUGUCUUUUAUACAGGUAACAAACUGAGAUUAGGAGCACUCCCUUUAAGAGUGUGCUCCUAAUCUCAGCCCAUUACCUGUAUAAAAGACACCUGGGAGCCAGAAAUCUUUCUGAUUGAGAGGGGGUCAAAUACUUAUUUCCCUCAUUAAAAUGCAAAUCAAUUGCUAACAUUUUUUACAUGCGUUUUUCUGGAUUUUGUUGUUGUUAUUCUGUCUCUCACUGUUCAAAUAAACCUACCAUUAAUAUUAUAGACUGAUCAUUUCUUUGUCAGUGGGCAAACUUACAAAAUCAGCAGGGGAUCAAAUACUUUUUUCCCUCACUGUACGUGAGGGGUCAUAUUAGUGUGUAGGCUAAACCGUUCGGACGCUACAGACAGAAGUUGGCAGAUCGUCUGUAUCGACUUCAGACGAGUCCCAAGACGCCUGUGGGGGUCGUAGAGCAAAACGGAGAACACCAUCGUGUUCGUGAGAGUCUCAUGGGGACCAAAGGGACUAACAUGGGGACUAAAGUGACUAUCAUGGUGACAAACAAGAUUAACUGUCAUGGAGACUAAAGGGACUAUCAUGGGGACUAAAAGGACUAUCAUGGGGACAAACAAAAUGGACUGUCAUGGGGACAGAUCCACCACUUGUGCUUCUUAGGGACUAAGGACAGAUACAUCAGCCAGGCAAAGGGUUCACAACCAUCUAAAAAAAAAACAUACCAAAAGUUACAUUCUAAAAUGACCAUUAUUAAAGCAUAAUAGUGAUGGUGGCCAUAGGCUUGGGCGGUGUUCCGUAGAUACCGUAUACUGGGGUAUUUAGAAAAAGCCACUGCAUAUUUCAAUACCGUCAAUACCAUAAACUAUUUAUUUCAAGUUUUUCCAUUUCCAUUUUACAUUUUAGUCAUUUAGCAGACGCUCUUAUCCAGAGCGACUUACAGUUAGUGAGUGCAUACAUUAUUUUAUUUUUCAUACUGGCCCCCCAUGGGAAAUGAACCCACAACCCUGGCGUUGCAAACGCCAUGCUCUACAUCCCUGCCGGCCAUUCCCUCCCCUACCCUGGACGACGCUGGGCCAAUUAUGCGCCGCCCCAUGGGUCUCCCGGUCUCGGCCGGCUACGACAGAGCCUGGAUUCGAACCAGGAUCUCUAGUGGCACAGCUAGCACUGCGAUGCAGUGCCUUAGACCACUUCGCCAUAAAUUGGAAUAUUUGUAGAUACUUUUUAAGUUAAUACCUGCAGUCAACUUGUGCAAUAUGUUAGGAGAUAAAGCAGAUUGUGUUAUUAAUUUCACUUGUCACAUUAUUUAACAUUAUGAAGUUUACCGUACUUCCCCAGAACGGUUGAGCCAGUCACGUGUUUGUUUGUAAAUAGCACAACGGGAGAAAGCUGGAGCUGGUGAGUCCAAAGUGUUCUAUAUCUAUCAGUGAGUCUCUGCUGGUGAGUCCAUGGCGUUCUAUAUCUAUCAGUGAGUCUCUGCUGGUGAGUCCAAAGUGUUCUAUAUCUAUCAGUGAGUCUCUGCUGGUGAGUCCAAAGUGUUCUAUAUCUAUCAGUGAGUCUCUGUUGUGCGGCGCACAUGAGGUAAUGAAGUUCCACUUGUUCCACAUCAAAGAUAUCUUAUAAUGGCUUUCUGUCAGAAGUCAAAGAGCUCUGGAUGAGUUAUCUGUACAGUUGUCAUUUUUUCCUUGUGCUUCCUACUAGAAUUUAGUUUCUCCUCCGUUCGUCUCCCCUCUGCUCUGUGUUCACAUGCUGCUAUUCUUUCAAAAAAGCAUCCAUCACAACUUUGUUAAUUUGCACAAUUUAUCUCGUUCACUUUCUCUUGUAAAUGUCCACGCUCACCGAAAAUGACAUUCAUGGUAUAACUUUAUGAGCUAGAUUUGUCUGUCUUUUAUUUAAUUAGUCUAUAUUCGUUUUCGCUCAUUAGCAUUUAGCUAACAGAGAGUCUGUGAUUUCGCUAUUAGUUUGUGCUAAUGUUGUUAGCAUUUUGGUAAUAGAGGCCCAAUGGGGUUUUCUUGCAUUUUAGCGCCCCCUUGUGUGCUAUGCCGGUAAUAUCUUAAAUCCCGGGAUGAGAGAACUACGAUAUGAACAUCUGGAUACCACCCAAACCUAGAUGACCAACACUUAUACCCUCUCUGAGAGGGCUUGUUGUCAGACCAGGGAACUAAUCACCAUCCAUAGUGAGAGGGCUUGUUAUCAGCAUAGGGAAAAUAAUCACCGUCCAUAGUGCUUCUCUUGACUCUUGCUUUCUCACAAAAAUGAAAGGUCUUGGCCCUGGCACUAUUGGGAACAUUAACGAGAACAAAUUAGUUUGGUGGAAGGUGGCGUUUGUAGGUGAAACCCUUGGCUCGUCCUUUUAGUAAUUACGCAGACAAAUGCCCUGCCUUCACACCUCAAACACCUGCACAGACUUUUAAACCUGCAGAGUUUGCUCAUUUCUUUUCCCCUUGUGUUUUUUGGGUCAAUUGCAGGCUCUAACGUCCAUAGGGGAAUGACCUCUCGUUGAUUACAAAGUAAAGCAUUUUAGGUGUCAGUGGUUAGAUUGAUCAUUCUCUGGCCUAAUAGUAUGUUUACCGUAGAACACACACAACAGGAUUAGAAAUCACUAAAGUUGGCUGGGUGGUUAAACUCAUAGAAAUACAAUCCAUGCAUUCUAUUUCUACGGUCAUAUCACAGAUUUAUUAGUAGUAGGUCCACACACACACACAAAAAAAAAGAUUUUCAAAGUUAUUUUAUGCUUUUUUAUUCAUUGAGGUAGCAAGAGAAAAAUACACAACUUUUUGGCUGUUAGGCCAUGGUCAGUGUGUAACUAUGGUUAUACCACAGACUCUGGACUGGUGUCCAGCCCUCCGAUCCUCAAAGGUCUACUCUCUGGACUAGUGUCCAGCCCUCCGAUCCUCAAAGGUCUACUCUCUGGACUAGUGUCCAGCCCUCCGAUCCUCAAAGGUCUACUCUCUGGACUAGUGUCCAGCCCUCCGAUCCUCAAAGGUCUACUCUCUGGACUAGUGUCCAGCCCUCCGAUCCUCAAAGGUCUACUCUCUGGACUAGUGUCCAGCCCUCCGAUCCUCAAAGGUCUACUCUCUGGACUAGUGUCCAGCCCUCCGAUCCUCAAAGGUCUACUCUCUGGACUAGUGUCCAGCCCUCCGAUCCUCAAAGGUCUACUCUCUGGACUAGUGUCCAGCCCUCCGAUCCUCAAAGGUCUACUCUCUGGACUAGUGUCCAGCCCUCCGAUCCUCAAAGGUCAACUCUCUGGACUAGUGUCCAGCCCUCCGAUCCUCAAAGGUCUACUCUCUGGACUAGUGUCCAGCCCUCCGAUCCUCAAAGGUCUACUCUCUGGACUAGUGUCCAGCCCUCCGAUCCUCAAAGGUCUACUCUCUGGAAUAGUGUCCAGCCCUCCGAUCCUCAAAGGUCUACUCUCUGGACUAGUGUCCAGCCCUCCGAUCCUCAAAGGUCUACUCUCUGGACUAGUGUCCAGCCCUCCGAUCCUCAAAGGUCUACUCUCUGGACUAGUGUCCAGCCCUCCGAUCCUCAAAGGUCUACUCUCUGGACUUGUGUCCAGCCCUCCGAUCCUCAAAGGUCUACUCUCUGGACUAGUGUCCAGCCCUCCGAUCCUCAAAAGUCUACUCUCUGGUCUAAAUCAUCAUAUUAAAUGUAUUUAUAAAGCCCUUUUUACAUCAGCAGAUGUCACAAAGUACUUAUACAGAAACCCAGCCUAAAACCCCAAACAGCAAGCAAUGCAGAUGUAGAAGCACAUUUUGUUAGCAUUUUGGUAAUAGAGGCCUAAUGGGGUUUUCUUGCUAUUGUAGCGCCCCCUUGUGUGCUAUGCUGGUAAUAACAUAAAUCCCUGGAUGAGAGAACUACGAUAUGACGAUAGGAACAUCUGGAUACCACCCAAACCUAGAUCAUCAACACUUACACCCUCUCUGAGAGGGCUUGUUGUCAGAACAGGGAUAAUAAUCACAGUCCAUAGUUCUUCUCUUGACUCUUGCUUUCUCACCAAAUGAAAGGCCUUGGCCCUGGCACUAUUGGGAACAUUAACGAGAUUAGUUUAAUUAGUUUGAUGGAAGGUAGCGUUUGUAUGUGAAACCCUUGGCUCGCCCUUUUAGCAAUUACGCAGACAAACGAAUCGUGCCCUGACUUCACACUUCAAACACCUGCACAGACUUUUAAACGUGCAGAGUUGUGUCUAGCCCUCAGAUCCUCAAAGGUCUACUCUCUGGUCUAGUGUCCAGCCCUCCAAUCCUCAAAGGUCUACAGCUGCACCAUCGAGAGCAUCUUGACUGGCUGCAUCACCGCUUGCUAUGGCAAUUGCAAGGCGUUACAGGGGAUAGUGCGUACAGCCCAGUACAUCACUGGGGCCGAGCUCCCUGCCAUUCAGGACCUCUAUACCAGGCAGUGUCAGAGGAAUGCCCUAAACAUUUUCAAAGACUCCAGCCACCAAAGUCAUAGACUGUUCUCUCUGGAACCAACAGGACCCUGAACAUCUUCUACCCUCAAGUCAUAAGACUGCAAAAUAAAACUAGAAGUGAACGCGCUAUUAGCAUUAGCAAAUCCAAAAACAAGCUCGGAACACAUGCUGAACACAUGCUGAUGUCAUAAUGAAGGGCCAAGCCAUACUCCAAGUCGAUAUUCCCUUCAACCACGCCCAUAAAUUGUGGAAAACAAACAUUCUUUCCAAUUGACCCCCAUUGUAAAAGAGCCAACCUUGUCAUAGAUUUUUUGUUACACCGAAAUAACAAAACAUGCCGAAAAGCUGCUCUGUUGUUCAAUGUAAAUGUAACCAAUUCAAAGAUCCCGACCUACGGUUCACAAUGCUCCCACUUAGGGAAAUAGAGGCUGUGAGAAGAGGCUAUUCGAUGUGGGAGAGUGGGAAAUGUGGGAACGCGGUGUCCAAGUAGGCUACACAUAGCUACUGUAUGUGUGUGGAAAACAUUUAAUCACAGGUAAGACAUUUAACUUGUUUAGGAUAGUACGUUUGUAACUCCACUCACUACUUGUUUAGUAUAGUACGUUUGUAACUACACUCACUACUUGCAGCUGUACUUUUCUUAAGUGUUGUUUUGUACUUGAUUAAAACAAGCAGACAACAAGAAAAUGCAGUUUGAAAAAGGUUACAUUUUUUUGCUGUGAGCCAAUGGAGUAACCUAGGUAACCACAGGUUGUUUCCCCCAAAGGCCAUGCAGGCCCAGGUGCAUCUUUUGAAAAAAAAAAACAAGGGGGUUGAAAUGGAAUACCCUAAAGAUAGUACAACAACCAAAGCAAAUAAGCUAUUCAAAGAAAAGACCCUGAGGGACAACCCAGAGACCCUUUUCAUUGAUUUCAGUGGACCUGAAGCGAGGAGAGUGAGCUCUUCUUCGCCCCACACCCUACAGCCUAGCACUCUGCCAUAAACUGCUGCCCUACCCUACUGUCACGCCCUGGGACUCUGUUAUUUAUUUAUUUAUUUUAUUUAUUUUACGUCAUUUAGCAGACGCUCUUAUCCAGAGCGACUUACAGUUAGUGCAUACAUUAUUAUUUUUCAUACCCCAUGGGAAUCGAACCCACAACCCUGGCGUUGCAAACGCCAUGCUCUACCAACUGAGCUACCUCCCUGCCGGCCAUUCCCUCCCCUACCCUGGACGACGCUGGGCCAAUUGUGCGCUGCCCCAUUGUUAUGUUGAGCCAGGGUGUGUUGUUUCUAUGUGUUUUGUGUUCUAGGUUGAUUAUCUAGCUCAUGUGUUUCUGUGUUGGCCGGGGUGGUUCUUAAUCAGAGGCAACGAGUAUCAGCUGUUGCUUGUUGUCUCUGAUUGGGAACCAUACUUAGGCAGCCUGUUUUCCACAGUGUUUUGUGGGAUCUUGUUCCGUGUUGGUUUUGUAUUGUAACCAAGGACGUCACGUUAUCGUUUUGUUGUUUUGUUCGUGUGGUGAAUCUAAAUAAAAGUAUGUUCACUUAUCACGCUGCGCAUUGGUCCACUGUGUUCGACGAUCGUGACACCUACACCUGCAAAGGUAGACAGAUCACUGUGGAGGGAAAACAGAAAGAAGUAGAAGGACUGAAGUUAACAGGUAACAUUUAUAACAAUGGAACAACAGUGGUCCAGGGUCCUGAGAGCAGCCUGGAGGAGUUCCGAAGGAGGUCUCCAACACUAAAAGCGGCCACAGAGUACUUUAAGCAGGAGGAGCCAGAGGUGAAGGCUACCCGUGAAAAUGUGUCAACAUCAGAAACAACUACAGGGUACCCCCCCCCCCCCCCCCCACCUCCUCAUUGCCACCACUCCCCCAGAGUUAACGCUCUGAAAGACAGCCUGUCUGAACAACAGCAUCUCCAGCAACCAGACCAGACUUGACCUACAGACCUACAACCAGCUGACGGCACAGAUACAACAGAUGUGCUGUACUGUAAGGCAGGUUGAAGAGGCAAACCAGGAUCUGCGGAUUGAAGCUGAGCUGCAUGAAGGAGGAACUCAUCAGGAGGGAGCGGCAUAGCCAUUCCCUGGAGAGACAGCUGGAGGAGAUGAAGAGAUCCACUCCAGACACCACCCACGACAGCAGCACACAGGCAGAGCAGCAGACGGAGGACAACAUUGUCAUCCUGUGUGACUCCAAUGGAAAAUAA